AUGUGCUAUACAACCUUUCCCUUGAGCACCAACGAAUGUAAGAACGAGAGUGGCGAGUGGCACUCGAAAGACAAGAUCCAGGCAGCUCAACAUCAUAAACCUGCUUUUGCCAGGUGGUUCCCAUCUCCUACCGUCAUCGUACCCUGCCAGGCAGGUAGGUAG